AAUAGUUGGCCAACCCUCCCUCUAUGCUUUUGUGGCCCUGUUCUCUGUUGUGACCAUGGAGACUCUCAGCAGCUGCCAGACUGCCUUCCUCUCUGAGCUGAUGCCCAAUGGUUACCUGGCCCAGAUUUCCCCAGGCCACCCUGGGGUAAAUGGCCUGGCUGAAAAGGUGGGGCUGGAGCAGCCUGAGCAGUGUGACCAAAGUGACUUGAGUCCCAGGAAAGAGAAUGGUCAGAACAAGAAGAAAACCAAAGUCAACAAGAUCUGGAAUUUUGUGAGCCGCAGAAAAGGGGCCUCCAGUCAGGGGAAGCGACCACAGUCCAUGAUUUUACUGGAAGACACUUCCAGGCCAUCAGAGUUAAAGUCCAAGGUCACAUUAAUGGAUCGAAUGAAGUCAUUUAAAAGGUUGAAGCCUCCAACUGGGGCCUGCAAGAAUACUCUUCCUAGGAGCAACAAGGCUCAGGAACCCCAGGAGGUUCCAGGUACCUACCACAUGAGGAAGGCUGAGGAGGCCCCAAAGCCUUUCCGCUAUUCUUACUCAGGACACAUUGAGAGCUUGGAACCCUUCCUUGCAGAUGUGCAGAGACUGGUGCAUGUCCCCAAGAGGGUGAACCAGAAAGAGCUGGCCUUUGAUGAUACUGGCAUCCAACUGGAGGAGGACUGCUGGGGAAAAGAGUCCCCUGAGCAGCAUAGUAGGGGUAGGCAGGCCAGGAGUUACCAGAAAAGUAUGUUCCCUGGGGAAGAUGAAGCCCCAUGCACAUUAGCUGGAGACAACAGAAUCCAGGAGCUUGAGGCUGCCAUUGAGGCCUCCACCUUGGAAGGAAAGAUGGAAAGGGACUAUGAGGAGAGCCCAGUGCACUCACGUCGAGACAAGACUGUGCCAUUUGGUAGUGUUGUAAAGUUCUUUAGCAACGUGGCUGAGGUGGCCCGCAAGUGGCGUGCAUUCCCGCGGGAAGAGCUGCAGAUGGGCCACCACCAUGGCGAAGCCUACUUCAUCAGUGGUGGGAGUGAAGGCAUCAUCCUGGAGGGUACUGCUUCUCGGACCUCCUUCUCACUCAACCUUCCCUCCCAACCCCCCAGGGCUGCUCUGUGGGGCAGUGUCAUUGGGAGGCACCAGCACCACCACCACAAGGACUCACAAGCCUCAUGCACCUUUGAAAUGAGCAUUGAGGGCAAGGAGACUUUGGGUAAUGCCCUUGCAGGUCCCUGCAAUGCUACUGCCUUGACCACGACAUCAGCUGCCUGCAAGUUCCAGGACAACCUAACUCCAGAGAAUGGCUGCAGCUGCUACUAUAGCCAUGCCUUCACCAGAGAGCAUUCCUCCUCUGAGGAGCUCAAUGAAGACACUGAGACUGUGGUCAGCUUCCCUAAGGAAGAUGACAGUGCCAGAGUGUCCCCUGAGCUGGGCACCUGUGCCAGAAAUGUCACCACCAAAGCUGUCAUGGAGAAGCUAGAGAAACCUAAUGAGUUGAAGGAAUCAGAGACCCACAGGGGGCCAGAGGAACCCAUCCAGGCAGGGAAGCCCCAGGAUUCUGAUUUGGAUAUGAUAGCAACAGAUGCAGAGAGGGAAGCCAGCAAAGUCUGUACUGGAGUCCUCGGUACUCAGGUUUUCUUUCCCCCAGAGGAACCAUCACCAAGGACUCCACCCCUCAAAAUCCUCCUGGAAAAAUGUCACUCUCUGCCCAUCUCAAAGGGCAUCCCCCGGGAGCUGGAUCAAGUGAGCUGGAGGAGAUUCAGAAGGAUUUGCACAGGUAACUUGAACCAGAGAUCCAAGACACUAGAAACCUACAAGAACAUCACUGGAUACUUGAACCCCCAGGGACCAGGAACCAAGUAUGUUAAUGAGCUGAUCACUGGAGAUUCCAUCGUUAGUGCUGAGGCAGUAUGGGAUCACGUCACCAUGGCCAACCGGGAGUUGGCAUUUAAAGCUGGCGACGUCAUCAAAGUCUUGGAUGCUUCCAACAAGGAUUGGUGGUGGGGCCAGAUCGACGAUGAGGAGGGAUGGUUUCCUGCCAGCUUUGUGAGGCUCUGGGUCAACCAGGAGGAUGGGGUGGAGGAAGGGCCCAGUGAUGUUCAGAAUGGGCACCUGGACCCUAACUCAGACUGCCUCUGUCUGGGCCGGCCACUCCAGAACCGGGACCAGAUGCGGGCCAACGUCAUCAAUGAGAUCAUGAGCACCGAGCGUCAUUACAUCAAGCACCUCAAGGACAUUUGUGAGGGCUACCUGAAGCAGUGCCGGAAGAGAAGGGACAUGUUCAGUGAUGAGCAACUGAAGGUGAUCUUUGGGAACAUUGAAGACAUCUACAGGUUUCAGAUGGGCUUCGUAAGAGACCUGGAGAAACAGUACAACAAUGAUGACCCCCACCUCAGUGAGAUAGGACCCUGCUUCCUGGAGCACCAAGAUGGAUUCUGGAUAUACUCUGAGUACUGUAACAACCACCUGGAUGCUUGUAUGGAGCUCUCCAAACUGAUGAAGGACAGCCGCUACCAGCACUUCUUUGAGGCCUGUCGCCUCUUGCAGCAGAUGAUCGACAUUGCUAUUGAUGGUUUCCUUUUGACGCCAGUGCAGAAGAUCUGCAAGUAUCCCUUACAGUUGGCUGAGCUCCUUAAAUAUACCGCCCAGGACCAUAGUGACUACAGGUAUGUGGCAGCUGCUCUGGCUGUCAUGAGAAAUGUGACUCAGCAGAUCAAUGAACGUAAGCGGCGUUUGGAGAAUAUCGACAAGAUUGCCCAAUGGCAGGCCUCUGUCCUAGACUGGGAGGGUGAGGACAUCCUAGACAGGAGCUCGGAGCUGAUCUACACUGGGGAGAUGGCCUGGAUCUACCAGCCCUAUGGCCGCAACCAGCAGCGGGUGUUCUUCCUGUUUGACCACCAGAUGGUCCUGUGCAAGAAGGACCUGAUCCGGAGAGACAUCCUCUACUACAAAGGCCGCAUUGACAUGGAUAAAUAUGAGGUAGUUGACAUUGAAGAUGGCAGAGAUGAUGACUUUAACGUUAGUAUGAAGAAUGCCUUUAAGCUUCACAACAAGGAGACUGAGGAGAUACAUCUAUUCUUUGCCAAGAAGUUGGAGGAGAAGAUACGCUGGCUCAGGGCGUUCAGAGAAGAGAGGAAAAUGGUACAGGAAGAUGAAAAAAUCGGCUUUGAAAUUUCUGAAAACCAGAAGAGGCAGGCUGCAAUGACUGUGAGAAAAGUCCCUAAACAAAAAGGUGUCAACUCUGGCCGCUCCGUUCCUCCUUCCUACCCACCACCGCAGGACCCAUUAAACCAGGGGCAGUACCUGGUCCCUGAUGGCAUCGCUCAGUCGCAGGUCUUUGAGUUCACCGAACCCAAGCGCAGCCAGUCACCAUUCUGGCAAAACUUCAGCAGGUGUUGUAGAGGGAUCGAAACUAAGCAGAAGCAAGGAGUAUCAGAGAAUGAUGCUGGAGAGGACUUCUGUUUAGGGAACAUUCUGCAUUUGGGCUGCUUCUUCUCCUACCGGGGGGGGGGGGGGGUCCCAUGUUGCAGCACUGCUGGGUCUUAAUAGUUUUAUAUCUGGGGUCUAGUUUGGGUCAAUUAUUCUCUUCUUCAUGCUGCUUCGGUUAUAGUGUUUCUUCUAGGCUUGUCCCUCCCCUACCAUAAAAAAUCUGAGUUGGAAGCAAAGAGGCUAAGAAUCUGCUUCCUAGAGGAGGGAUUCAGCUGCCUCCAGCAUCAAGUAUGUUUAAGAUUGGGUUCCCCAAUGCAAUCAGUUCAGAAGCCUGUUUGUACCUGCUUCACAUUUGCAGAUUGUUUAGGCAGCAUUGCUAGGAGUCUGUGAGAAAUCAAGACAGCGCCCACCUGACCAAGAUCAUCAACUAUCUUCAAAUUACAGACCUGGACAGGAUCCAAGGCUGACAGUAAUCUCUUAUAGAAAAGAACAAAGACGGGCAUGGAAAUAACCUCUGCCCAAGAUAUGUACCUGUAGUUCCUAACACUCAAGUCACGUGAAACUUACCCCAUUAAACAGAUUGCAUGGAUAAUCUUCCAUGACUCCUUCCACCCCCUCUCCCUGUCUUCCUUCUUUAUCCUGCUCUCCUGUCACAGGAGGAUUGCUGGUAUAAGCAUAGUUAACACACUUAUAGCACUCAAAAAAAUGCCCUGUUUCCAACAUUUUCCUAUCCCACAACAUUUGAAGCAAGCAAGUGAGGAGCCGAGGGGACUUUUCCUUCUGGAGAAAGGAUCUGAGGCAGAGAUGCUACCCUCAGUAUCAUUUUGUGUAGGCUUUAUACUUGGGGAAAAAACUAACUUCCAUCACAAAGAGGCAGGCUCCCUAUGGGUGCAGUACCUAGUCUUCCUCUCCACAUGGCCCCUUGAGUGAAUAGACCUUCAACAGCAAGGAGGAUGGAGUACAAAGGAUGGGUCCUACUAAGGAGAGCCAUUCUAGUGAGGAAUCUAGAGAUUGUGAAUCUGUCCUGGAUAUCGUGGGAGAAGACUUCAUCAUGAAAGAACCUCAGCAUAAUGAGCAGAAAUUACAGCUGUAUAGGACACUCAGCAUAGCUGACUUGAUCGCUGCUCUAUACCUCCUGACCCAAACCAGGACCUGCCCAGCCUGGGAAGUUUUCCUCUAUGGAAAUCAAAUUGUCAGCUGUUUAAGAUCCCAUUCCACAACAACCAAGUCAGGCUUGAGGAGCAAGCCAAUGGUAAGCCUAAGCUGGGCAGAGGGCCGGGGCUCGGGACUGGCCACCACUGCUCAGCACAUGACCCAGUUAUUUAAGACCCCUUGGCAGGGAACCUUGUACCCAGCACCUAAACUAAAAUGGCCUCCGUGGCAAUCAUAAUGUUUUUCAAUGGCUGUGUAGGCCUCCCUUGAGUAUACAUCCUUUUUCUACUUUCCAUUCCUUCCCACCAGGCUUGGCCUUGACAUAUUUCCCCAGGGCAUGGGGGCACACCAAGAGAGGAUGCUUAGAUAAGUUCCUGCAUCUACAUCUUCUUUUGGCCAAGCUCCCUCAUCCACCACCCCACUCCCCUAGGCUGUUCAUAGAGAUCCAGGAUCAGGGAUUAUCAUCUCUUCCCACCCACCUCUCAUCCACCCAACCCCCUGGCCUCAUCAGAUGCAAAUAACUUGUGAAAACAGUAAGAUAACUUGUGAAAUCAGUUCACCAUUGGUUGAAAUAUUCCCCUAAGCUAUGGAAGCAAAACAGAUCAGCCUCAAGGGGAGCCCAAUUACCUGGGCUCAGGUUCCAAGCCUAUUCUCUGUCCCCACACUAAUGCUAUCCCCAAGACAUUUGUAAUAUCUGUUUCUGCAUGACCCAGAGCUUCCCUUUCCUCAACUCAAUGAGGCCUGGAUUAGCUCUACAAAAGGUUUUACUAGUAUAUUCUAUGGGUCCUUCUGUGGGAUGGUCCUAACAUAGAAAUCCAACUUCUCUCUCUAUCCCUCCUUCCCUUCUUUGUAUGUGUAUAUCUCUAAAGGAUUUUUAAAGACAGCAACAAGAGAGUUCUAGCAAUUCUAGCGUGAAGCCAAAUAGUGAACUUUUAGUGCUUUGGAGAUGGAGUGGGCUGGGGUGGAUGGAUGGGCAACAGUGAUUUUGAUUACCCCUGCUGCUCUGCAUUUGCCAGUUUAUUUCAUUUCUUCUAUCUGACUGUUUGACCCUGUCAAACAAGUGUCAAAAUUGUGUGUUUUAAAAAACAAUGUUUAACAAAAAAUAUGAUGUUGUAAUGACACAAAGCCUUAUGAAAAUAUUUAUGGAGUUCAAUAAAAGAAGU